GUGUUGUUCGUCUUUGUGCGGUUGUAGCCUUUUUCUUCGGCGACGCAAUCAUUUCUCACCGUGCCUGGAUCAACCCCACCAGAGCCUUAAUCUUCAACAUCGACGCAUCUCCAAAUCGCGACUACCAAAACAGAGCGCAUGUACAUGGCUCGGUGACGAUGUCUAAACAAUAUUUAACCACGCAUAGCGUGGAGAAUGCCCACAUAACCGACAUCUUCUCUCUUGCCGCUACCCCGACCGCCCUUCUCUCCGCCUCGGGCUCCUCCACCCUCCACGUCCACUCCACAACCCAACCCGAAUACCCCCUCGUGCAAUCCCUCUCCCUCGCGCACCAACUUGGCUGCCACCACUUGGUCGCCUCUCGUUCCGGAAAAGUAUUCGCAUCCGCCGGCUUUGGCGGCGACCUCAAGGUCUGGAAGCUAUCCGAGACGGGAUCGGGUGACUGGGAGCUGUUCGGCGAGAUCGACACAUCCAGGUCCGCGAGUAACGGCAAUGCACAGAAUAGCAGUAAAGGCAAAGCUGCUGGUGAGGUCUGGGCAAUUGCGCUGAGUGAGGAUGGCCAGUACUUGGCGGCUACAACGUACGAUGGACGCAUCAAUGUUUGGGACACGAGCAGUCCGAAGGGCACCAAGAUCCAGGAGUAUGAGACGGGGAGCGCAGGUACGGGCACCUUUGGCAUGUGUGUGGACCUGAGUAGAGACGGGAAGUAUACGGCGAGUGGACAUCAGAGUGGCAAUAUCUACGUGUUCAACAAUGACACGGGCAAGAUUCAGUACUCUCUUGCUGGCCUCGUCAAACCCGUCCGCGCCGUCUCCUUCUCUCCGGCUGGCACCCUGCUCGCAGCUGCAGGCGACGCAGGGCUAAUUGCACUCUACGACAUGAAACACGGCGAGCACGUGGGCAACUUGACGGGUCAUGCCGCUUGGAUAACCUGUAUUGACUGGAGCGACACCGGCGAGUACCUUCUGAGCGGCGCCUUCGAUGGUAAAGUCAAAGUAUGGUCCAUUGAGCGGUCAGCAUGUGUGGCUACGCACAGCGAGACGGAGAAGGCGCUAUGGAGUGUCAAGUGGCUUCCUAAGACGGGACGCAAUGAGAUAUUCUGCACGGCAGGGGCCCACAGAAGUAUUACAUUCUACCGUGAGGCGACUGGCUCGUAAGUGACGAAUUUUGGGGUUGGAAGAGGGAUGGUUGUCUAU